AUGUCGUCCAAAGUCAUCCAAUUGCUCACACACCCUGGCGAGAUCUCCGACGUAAUCCGUUUGUUAUACUUCAGAAAGUCGUUGCACCCCAGAAAUGCCGCCAAAGAGGCCCCCAGCUUGAGAAGAUGUUAUCAAUUGUUGAAAUUGACCUCCAGGUCGUUCUGUGCCGUGAUCAUGGAGUUGAACCCCGAGUUGAGAAACGUCAUCAUGUUGUUCUACUUGGUGUUGCGGGCAUUGGACACCAUCGAAGACGAUAUGACCAUUGAUCCAGCGGUUAAGGUCCCUUUGCUUCGCGACUUCGACUCCAAGUUGGAGUCCAAGGAUUGGACUUUCAACGGUAACGGGCCCAACGAGAAGGACAGAGCCGUGUUGGUCGAGUUCGACGUCAUUUUGACCGAGUACCACAAGUUGAAACCACACUACAAGGCCAUCAUCAAGGACAUAACGAACAAAAUGGGCAACGGUAUGGCCGACUACAUCUUGGACGAGAACUUCAACCUCAGUGGAGUGCAGACUGUCAAGGACUUUGACUUGUACUGUCACUACGUCGCAGGCUUGGUGGGUGAAGGAUUGACCAAGUUCCUUGUGGAUGCCGAUUUCGCCGACAAGACCGUUACCGAGGACGACUUCAGAAGAUCCGAAUCCAUGGGCUUGUUCUUGCAAAAGACCAAUAUUAUCAGAGACUACCACGAGGACUUGGAGGACGGACGUUCGUUCUGGCCCAAGGAAAUCUGGUCUAAGUACACCGACUCGUUACCUUCAUUCCACAAGGACACAUCAGCGGAAUCCGAGUUCCAAGGCUUGAGUUGCAUCAACGAAUUGGUGUUGAACUCGCUUGGACACGUCAAGGACGUGUUGGAGUAUUUGUCGUUGGUCAACGACCCAUCGUCGUUCAACUUCUGUGCCAUUCCCCAGGUCAUGGCUAUUGCCACCUUGGCACUCGUCUACAACAACCCCAAAGUCUUGCAUGGAAACGUCAAGUUGAGAAAGGGGACGACCUGCUCGUUGAUCUUGGAAAGCAGAACCUUCCCAGGUGUGGUCAACAUCUUCUUGAGAUACAUCAAAGAAAUCAACCACAAGUCCUCGGUUAAGGACCCCAACUACUUGAAGAUUGGUAUCAAGUGCUCGGAAAUCGUCCAGGUCUGCCAGACCAUGUUCCCCACCCCUCUCCCCAACGGGGAGCCCAGACCCAAGAAGGCCAUCAACCGGGUCAUCGAUGCCAGAAGUCACAUCGACGCUGCCAUGCAGAAGAGAAUCGAUGCAGAGAUCUCCAGCUUCAGAUUUACCGUCUACGGUACGGUGGCACUCAUCUUGAGUGUUCUUGUAUACUACGUUUGGGUUAUUUAG